UUGUCCCUUCAAUAGUUCUUUAUGAUGAUCGCGGUUUACAGAUUUAUGACCAGCUUACUUAUACUGACGAAUAUUAUUUGACUAAUUUCGAAAUCAAUAUUUUGAAUAAGAAAGUUGACCAAAUCACAGAUUACAUCGCCUCGGACAGCACUGUGAUCGAACUCGGUGCUGGGUAA